AUGAAUAAAAGAAAGAAUAGAGAGACCGAUGAAAGGUUAAUAUCAUUUGGUAUUGGAGAUGAUUCAUCGUCGUCAUCAUCAAUGUUAGAGUCAUUAAAGAAUGAGACUAUUGAUACAUCAUUAGAAGACUUUAAACAACUACUUGAUCUAACAUACAAUGUAACAAAGGAAUGCGAAAAGAGGAGACCAAUCAAUAAUUGUAAAGAUAAUCCAAACUGUUUCCAUCAUUUGGGUGGAUUAAAGUUACUUGGUUGUGGUGAAGAUGAUAUUGACUUGUUUGGUGAAAAGACAGAGGAAGAGGAGAAAACCUAUGUUCAAACUAGCAUUUUAAAACUACCCAAAGUCGAUGUGAUUAGACAUACAAAAAGACCAACCCUCAAUACUCCUUGUGGUAUUCGAAACCUUGGAGCUACUUGUUAUAUGAAUAGUGUCAUUCAAACUUUAUUCAUGAACUCUCAAUUUAAAAGUCAUUUAUUUAAUAUUGUAAAUAUUCAAAAUCAACAAGUAAAAGACUUUGAAAAAGAUGUAAAAGAUGAAAAGGAUUGUAAUAAUAAUAAUGGUGAUAAUAGUAACAAUAACAAUAAUAAUAGUAAUGAUAUUAGUAAUAAUAAUGAUUUGACAUCUACAACCUCGACGACAGAAAUUGUACCUAUAAAUGAUGAAGAUAAUUCAGCUACUUCAACAGUUAAUAAUUCACCAUCAAACUGUACAGUUGUAAAGGAUCUUAAAGAUUGCGAUAUGAUAGAGAUCAAAUCAUCACCAUUCCAAAAAGAUGUAGUAUUUCAAUUGGCAUAUUUAUUCUAUCAAUUACAAUCAAGUCAAAAAAGUACAAUUGAUCCAACUCCUCUUGUAAAUUGUCUUCAACUUCCAAGUGAUUUACAACAAGAUACUCAAGAAUUUUAUAAUUUAUUUAUUGGUCUUUUAGAAUCAAAAUUUAAAGAUGAUAUUAUUUCAAAAUUAUUUAAAGGAUCUUACGAUUAUGUUACAGAAUGUUUAUAUUGUAAAAAGCGCAGUUUAAAUAAUAGUUCAUUUUUUGAAAUCACUUUAAAAACAAAUGGAUGUAAAAAUUUUAAUGAAUCAUUUACAGAUUAUUUGGCAAAAGAGAAAUUAAUUGGACAGAAUCAAAUUACAUGUAAUGAAUGUCAAACGAAAAGAGAUUGUCAAAGAUCAAUUGAAUUUAAAAAGUUUCCAACUCAUCUCAACAUUCAAUUGAUGAGAUAUGAAUUUGACAAGGAUACAUUCCAGAAAAAGAAAUUACACGGCAAUUACACCUUUCCUUUGGAAAUUGACUUGUCUCAAUAUUUUAACAACAACAACAACAAGGAAAAGUCCUCCACCGCUAUGGAUUUGGAUCAUGAAUAUGAAUUAACUGCUAUCAUGAUGCAUAAAGGUUUAUCAAUUUCAAGUGGUCAUUAUAUUACUCAUGUUAAAAAUGAUUUAACUGGAGAAUGGUGGGAAUUUGAUGAUGAAGAUGUAAAGAAAUUAUCUGUAGAAAAGAUUGGUAAAGAUAGUUUAGGAGAAAAGAGAAAACCAAAAGAGAUUAGAGAAGGAUUGGUGUCAUCAACCAGUUCCUAUUCAAUUAUUUAUUCAAAAAAGAAUCGAGACAAGGUUGCUAUACCAAAGAUUGAAAAUUCACAUCUCAAACAAUUGUUUGAAGACAAUGAAAAGAGAUUCGAUCAAGUUUCUACUCGUUUCACAGGCAUUAUAGAUGAUGCCACAAAGAUAUUUAACCAAAGAAAGGAAGAUAUCAAUGCGAUUCACAACAAACUCGAGGUGCAAGAAGGAGAAAAGUAUUAUUGGAUCGAUACAGAUUGGCUUUCAGAUUGGAUAAAGGGUCAAAGUGUUGCACCGAUUGACAAUUCUAAAUUAUUGUGUCAGCAUGGACAAUUGGCACCAAACAAGGUAGAGACGAUGAAAAGAAUUUCUCAAGUUACAUGGGACUUUUUAUAUGCAGCUCAUCAAGGUGGUCCUGUCCUCGAUCAAGAUGCACAUUGUCAAAAAUGUCUCUACCAGAUUAUUAGUGGUAAAAAGGAUCAUCACAAUGCAGAAUCUUCAAAAGAUCAAAUUAUAAAAUCAGAGAAUCAAGAAAAGAAUCGUCAAGAAGGUUACUAUAUCUCCAAGCAUUGGUACAAAGAAUGGUCAAAAAAGGUUGUCAAGCAAAUUGUCAAAGACUCAACUCCAGUUGAAGAUAUUAUAUGUGAUCAUGGAGGUUUAUCAAUCGUCAAAGAAGACAUGAUGAUUGUCAAAACUGAAACUUGGAGUUUUAUUCAAACUCAUUUUGCUCCAAAAGCAGAAUCUAUUGCUUCCUCUACGACUCCAUGUCAAACUUGUUUAAAAUUGGAUAAAGAAUCAACUGAUCAAACAAAUUCAAUUAAAAAAGAAAGAUCUAAAUUGAAAACAUUAAUAACAUUAAUUAAAUCACAAAAAUAUAAUUUUAAUUUAAAGAAUGGAUCAUUUUAUUUUGUACCAAAGGAAUGGAUAAAUAGAUGGUACAAGUUUAUCUAUUCAGACAAAUCAAAAGAUGAAAAUGAUGUAACACCUCCUGGAUCAUUAAGCUUUGAUAGUUUAAUAUGUCCACAUAAUGGUUUGGUUUAUGAUUUUGAAAUUGGUAAUUUUGUAAACACAUUUGAUCUCAAAGACAUGUCUGUUCCAUUUUUGGUUGUGCCACAAACCAUUUACAACUUGAUUCUAGAGGCUUAUCAAGUGCUAACCGUAUCCAUUCAUUUGGAUGAUGGUGAACUCUCAUUUGAACCAUGUCAACAAUGUCAUAUUGCCAAGAAUCAACAAUUGGAAUUUGAUAAAACAAAUUUCAAGGAUCAAUCAAUCUAUAUUCAUAUAAUCUCUUCAGAUGAUAAUGAAAAAGAUUCAAAAUAUUAUAUUUUCCCAACAAAAACUAGAAGAUUAUAUAAAAGAAUUCAAAUUUGGCCAGUUAAUCAUGAUUAUACAGUUGGAAAUUUAAAGUUAUUGAUAUGUACAGAAACUGAAAUACCUACAUUCCAACAAAAACUUUAUAUCAAUGAAGGUGUUAUGAUGAAAGAUGCCAAAACUCUUGAUCAGUAUAAAGUAGUACCAGAUCAAAUCAUAGUUUUAAAGGAAUAUCAAGAAUUGGAUGGAUUUUUUGAUGAUGGAGUGUCAGAAGCUGGUUUUAAAGGAACUAUUUUAAAUCAAUAA